GAUUGAAAAGAGAGAGAGAGAGAGAGAGUAAAAACUAUACGAGUAGGAAUCUCUGUUAGUAGUAGUUUCGUUUCGUAAUUUUCCUGUUGUAAUUAAAAAAGAGGGCGUAUUUCUCUAAUUGAAAUUAGACAACCCCUAUAAUUAAACAAAUCUUAUGUUAUGUACCUACGGUUGGAUUUAUUUUGCUGCUUAAUAGUGUUAUUUUCUCCUUGUGAAUUGUGUUAGUCUCCAGCCGAUAACUUGGGUCUUUGGUAGCAAUUAUGACAUGACAGCACGUCAAAUCAUCAAGCGUCCAAGAAUUUUCAAUUGAAAUGGGCGUGAUGAUUUCGAUAGUAGUUUACGUUUCCAGGACUGCCCUGUAAACGGGUCAGUCAUACUUAUAAGUGAGCAAAGUAUUUUGUAGGUCGGUCCGGUGAAAAGAUCGUACGUCGUGUAGGUGUUUCGGUAUGUGGUACGACCAGGCUGUGUUAUGAAUGAGGAGGCACUGUUGGCACGGGCUUCCGAGGAGCGGGAGCGUAUCUUCCAGCGAUACGAGAGGGGUCGAGAGAACCUCAUCGGACAAAUAGACCCCUGGGAGGAUCCAGAGUUCGAGGAUUAUCACAAAACCGAUCGAUAUGGAUUCAUACAUGAUGAACGCUUGCCUCAGAAAACAGGGCCCCAGAAGGUCAACAUUGAAGUGGAGAGGGAGAAAAAAUGGGUCAAAAUGCUUACUAAUUGGGACUCACCAGCCACCAAAGAAAAACUCCAUAGAAGAAUAUACAAAGGCAUUCCAAAUUCACUUCGAAUAAAAGUAUGGUGCAAGUUGAUGGAUGUUAACAAAAUUAAGUCUGCUAAUCCUGGGAAGUUCCAAGAAAUGUUAAAACUAGCUAAGCUGUGGUCGACAGAUGUAAGGCAAAUAGAUUCAGAUGUAAACAGACAGUUCCGGGAACAUCAGUUUUAUAGAGAACGAUAUUCAGAAAAACAAUGCUCAUUAUUCAAUGUUCUUUGUGCUUAUAGCAUGUAUAACUCAGAAGUAGGUUACUGUCAAGGAAUGUCUGGUCUGGCGGGGGUGCUGCUCAUGUAUAUGGAUGAAGAAGAUGCAUUCUGGGCAUUGGCUGUGCUCCUCUCAGAUAAGAAGUAUGCCAUGCAUGGACUGUACAUAGAAGGAUUUCCGAAGUUAACAAGAUUUCUGGAACAUCAUGAUAAAAUACUCACAAAAUUUAUGCCAAAAUUGAAACAUCAUUUUGACAAGUUUGGCUUGGAUGCCAUCCUGUAUUCCCUGAAAUGGUUCUUUGUUUGCUUCGUGGAGAGAGUGCCAUUUAGCUUAUGUCUCAGGGUUUGGGAUAUUUAUCUCUUGGAUGGAGAGAGAGUGGUCACUGCAAUGGCUUACACAAUACUCAAGCUUCAUAAAAAAGCAAUCAUGAAGUUAAAUGAUAUGGAUCUUAUUGUAAAUUAUAUUCAGGUUAAGCUACAUAAAGACUUUGGGUUUGAAGAUGAUAUUGUAAUCUAUCACUUGGAGCGAUCAAUGGAAGAGUUGAAACGAGCGAAGCUCGACUAUCCAGGCCCGCCGCCGCCCAACGAGCUGCCUAAACGACAGCUUGGUUUAUUUGUGGAGCCCGACAAAAAAUCGAAGAUUGGACAACGGGCAGAGAAUUUUUCAGAGACUGAGAAACAGGCUAGAGCUACUGUGAUAUUGAGACGCGAAAAGGCUGCAAUAGAAUUGCAGGAGCUUCGAGUCUCACAGAGUGACACAGUGUCAGAGCACAGCGGCGUGGCGGGUGGGAUCCGCUGCGACGACUCGGUGUCAGCGCUCGGGUCGCGGCGCUCGCUCGCCGACACGAGCGUGACGAGCACGGCCGACCUGAGCGUGUUCUCGAGCGGCCGCUCCCACGCCAUGGACAACUCGCUGGACACGCACUCCAACGUCAGCGACGAUGCCACUGGGUCAGAUGGUUCGGGCAUUUGCGGGUUGAGUAUACAGCGGGCUCCGUCGACGGCGCACUCGACCCCGCGCGCGACGCCGCACCCGCCGUCCGUGUCGCCCAUGUCCGACGACGUGGUGCGCAUCCACGUGACGUACAACCCUCGCGCCGGCAGCCCGCACCUGCACCCCAUCAGCCCCUCCAAGUACAAAGCCUAUAACAACGAGGAACACCACAAACCCGUCUCUCUCGGCUUCUACAGCAACGGCUCCACCAACUUGCCCUCGGACAAUAGAAUUCGUAUCCAAGUGCCAUCUGAAUCUGAAGAACUCCUCACGCCGGUUGUUGACGCAGGGAAUAAUAUCACACCUCGGUUCAUUGAAUCUCAUACCGAAAUGUACGGAUCUUAAAUUGAAUUUCAAUUUCUUAUUUUACUUCUAUUUUUCACGUAAUGGCCAGUUUACAAACUGUAAUUAUAUUUUAUUCGUCUCUCGAAGUCAGUAAUUCUCGCUAUUAUUUAACACAAACUGUUGUACAAAGUAGGGUUCCAUUUUAGGGAUUAUGUUUAUUUAAUUAUUAUUAAAAGACAGAAGCAAUAACAUAUUUGCUAGUGUAUUAUCUUGCUUAACUACUGCAGUAUCUUCGCAUUUUAAUUUGAGUAUAACUGAUAGUGUAGAUUACUUCGACUUAAAGUUUUAGGUUAGGGAAGUUGAUAGCAAACUACAGUUUAUUCAAGCAGAAUCCAUAAGACAAUAAUUGGCUCUGUUUCUUGUUAAUUAUAUGAUAGUGUAGCUUGAGCCACAAAUAGUCCUAAAGAAAGAAAAUAUAUAAAUAUUCAUAUAAGAGAGAAGACAAAAGCAAUAACAGAUGCCUAUAACAAACACUAGGAAUAUAACCUAACGCACUCAGUAUUUAGUCCUAGUAUUUAAAUAAUUGUGUUCAAUGUUGGUUCCCCGUGAAUGUUGUACAAAUUGCAAUAAAUCACAGCAAUAUUAAGCUGUCACGCUUUAGCUUGUAGUAGUUUUCGAGCACAUAACAAUAAACGUUGACAAUACAUACAAGCCAUACGUUAACACGUUCUCACCACAGAAGAGUUAUAUAUUUUGACAAGCCAUAUAGAUAUUACAUUGUUCUUUCAUACAAGUAUAUGCUGCUGCCUUUAUGUACUUAUACUUAGUAAGCAUUUUUAUAUUGUUCGAAUAAGCCUGUUAACACGUUUUCAAUAGCCAUGUUGUGCAAGUUUAAAAUAAUAUAUUAUAUUAAUACAAAUAGUGUAUACAUAAUGUAUACCGCCAUAUAAAUGUUAUAUGUACAAGUAUUUUUGAAAAUGAGAUCAUAGAUUGGAGAUAUUUAGAUUGUGUAAGCUAUUCUUGAGUGGUUCAAAAGAUGUUAGUGAAAAUUACAUAGAUUGAGUCGGCUUAGGCCUCUUGAAUGUUAUGGUCCCACUAAUUAUACAUACUUGAAUAUCCUAAGUGUCGUUUGUAGCCAAUGUUCGCUAGAUCAGAUAUAGUUAAUGACACUUGAUUUCAACUCUUAUAAUUAUAAUUGCUAUACUCUAAUUGGAUGUCUUCUUGUUUAAAGGUCCCCAAAGCUAGGACUGGUCUUUUAGAUGUAAAUAUUUCGUACUAUGUCUCUUCAUACUUUCCUUUUAAAACCCCAUAAUCUAAAACUUUAGGUGUAUUAUAGACAGAUGUAAGAAUACGAUAGAUAUAAAAUUCCAUUCAAAUACUAACCUACAGUGAGAAACGCAAUAAUGUCAGUUAAAUUGUUAGUCGUAAGGUGAAUUAUGUCCGUGUAAUAUACAAAGUUUUCGGUCAAUAUACAUAUAUGUGAUGUAUAUUAGGAUUAACGUACACGCUUUCGAUAAAACACGUUACAUGUUUUAAAAUUUACAUGUUCUCAAUAAUUUAGUUUAUGAUUAAUACUUAGAUUACAUCUGUAUUUUAAUUUAGUUUAAGUUAUUUUUAAUGUUCAUGUAAGGCUUGCGCAGAUUUCGUGUACUAUUACAUUUUUGGUGUGUUUAUGCUAAUAAGUAAAUUGAAAUGAAAAUCUGCACAUGCAAUAACAUUUUUAUUAUAAAGACGUGUUCGCGCCAGCCUUGUAUAGGUACAUUAUUACCUUAUUUAUUCCAUACUUCUACUUGAAUAUUAAUAUAUUUAUACGCAAUAACUGAUAUUAAGGAUCUUCCAUGGACAGUUACUUAGGUUAUGUCGAACUAGAAUCGUUUAGCUAUUCUCCUUGUCAGGAAAUAUUCAGAGAAGAAUCUCAAGAUUUUAAUAUUUUUUUGGUUCUCAAAUGAUAAGUUUGGAUAAGACAGUUCUUUAUCUUGAUCAGAUCUUGGGUAUCCUGUGAUAAACGAUAUUAUCUGGCACUCAUUAUGUAGUUAGAAAAAGAAUUACGAUUCUCAUGAUAUUUCAAUGCAAUUGGUAAUAGGCGUCCAAAUUAAGGAUCAACAAAUCUUGUGCCAUUUUAUAUAUUUACGAUUAUUCCUUUUAUUAGUCACUUACGUAUUUUGUAUUUUAUAAUUCUUGAAUAUUUUUUUAAUGCGCGGUAUUUUAGCAUAGAAUCGGCAUUAUUUGCUUAAGAUUUAUUUUGAUAGAAAUAUUUAAGACAAUAGACAGCGAAUAUAAAUUGUUGUACAUGCUGCCUUGUACCUACAUUCUUGUUGCGUGGUGGGUUGACUCCAUACUUUUUAUUUUUUAACGCAAAUUACUCAUAUCUUCGUAUUUGUUUACUGCUAAACUUUUAGAACGUGAAUGAAUAAAUGUUACUCAAUGCCCGGAGGAGGUACCUAUAUAUACGCAUUAAUUACACUUCGUGCUCAGUUCUAUUAUAAUAUUUUAAUUGUUUUUGGUGCGUGAAAAUUGGAAACCUCAAAUUAGAUGUCCGUCCAAUUAUUUUCUAGACUGGAAGCAAUUUAUUCGGUACAUAAGAACAUGAACAUUUUGUUUUAUUUGAGAAUUAAAUGAUUUAGCACGUCGACGUUUAGUAAAUUCUAAUUUAUUUCCAUAGGUUAAUGAAUAGCUGUAUUGAAAUAUAAAGAAAGUCAUUAUUUUAAAUAUAUUUGAUGUGAAUAUUGUGCAGUUAGAGCGUUAAUUAUGGCGGUUAGAGUAGACGUUUUAGUCGCAAGGGAAAUUAAGUAAAUUUAUUAAUGUGUAUGUGGAAUACAUGACGCGUAGUAAGGGUGGGUAAGUAACAGCUGUUUGUUAUGGAAUAAUUCGAUAUAAUUACGGUAGUAUGAUAUCAUUUGUACAUUAAUUACCUAGUACUGUAAAGGAUUGAGAUACUCGCAUGUCUACCGAAAGUUUUGAAGCUUAAGCUUGCUUCUGGUACAUGUUCCGAAACAUUGUAAUAAAUAGCUGUCACUACAACAUGGCCAUUCCAUCGAGAGUCAAUAGUUACGCGGGUAGUAGAGAAUAGUAAUACAUUUUCGAUAAUUACUUACUAUAUACCCUUGUUCAGGAAUAUCUGCAAUAACUUACCCUUUUAUGUAAACCUAAGGUGCUCAAUACUGCUAAUUCUGAUAAAAACAUAUAAAAUAAAUUAUUCCAAAUGAUGUAAUAAUCCACUAGAAUCUUCCUAUAGAUAAACGUUCAGUUUGAAGAGAAAUAAAUAAAGUUAUUUUUUUACCCCUAUUGAAUGGAAAGCGAUUUAAAUAUAUUUACCAUUAGUUCAUGUGUUAGCUAGAGAAACAUAAAUACGUUAAAAUUAAUUAUUUGUGUGUACCUCUAUAUUCAAUAACUACUGUUUAGCUAAGAUCGCAAUUAUAGUAUAGCUGUCGUAUAGAACAAAAAUAUAGUAAAACUCACCCAUCGAAAUUAUCUGUAUGUAAGUUAAUAAGGAAUCAGGAAUUGUUUUAAAUCUAAGAAAUUAAUAUUAAAAUAUUUAGUCGGUCAAGUUUCACUAUCGUUCGAUAAAUUAAACAAGUCGUUUAUAUAAGAAGUUGUUACGUUUGAAAUAGCUGUUUUGCUAAUAUGUAUGCUAUUCUCUUAGUACGAAGGUGCUUUUUUAGAAGUGGACUCGAUUAACAACGUUGAUUACAGAAUUUCUAACGUGGCAACUUCUUAAAAGCUCUGUUCAUGUCUUUAGAUGUUAAGAAUUGGAAGAUGUUAUCACUACCGUACAUAUUUAGUGGAAUACUCAUUAAAUGUGAUGGUUCCAGUCCAGUACUGAGUCUUUGAGAAGCAAAUGGGAAAUAUCUAUGUAUUAAUUUACAUUCCAUCACCAUUUGAACUGGUAAUGUCAGGAGAUAUGAGCAGGGUUUUAUUCGUCUAUAUCUGUUAUUAGAAACACAGUGAGAAUAGUGCCUGCACGAAUUUCGUUGUUACUCUACAUACUUAGUUCAUAAUAAUAAAAAAAAUAUUCGUAAAAUUGUUAACAUUUACCUGAAUACUGUUUAAAAUUAGUUUAUAGACUUAAUUAUAUGGUCAGCAUUUGCAAUAUACUUAUAAUGUGUAACGUCGAAACUUGUAAAGUAUUAUUUUCGUAUCGUAUUUAUUUCUUACUGUAUUUUUUUGCUUUAGUAUUUAAGGUAUUCGAUUGUAACACUGGUGUAGUGUCAAAUUAUUCGUGAUUGGAAUAGAGGGCCUGUAUAAUUUUAUCUAUCUGAGGUGCUGGGAGCUCUCGAUCGAAAGUGUACGUUUGGUAGCGCCGUGAAAGUUUGAAGCUAGAUUAGAUUGAAUUUGGGACUAUGCAAUGGUCUAUAAAAUGAGUGUUGUUUAUGUAUGUGCAUUUAUUAUGUAAUUGUUUGGGAAUAUGAUGUCACAGAGUUGAUGUACAAGGUGUUUGAUAGUGUGGUUGUCACAGCACUAAAGGGAUAGGUUAAGCCCCUUUGAUGUUCCUACGUGGCAUUUUCAUGUGUGAAAUUGUAACUAACAUCAGUUUUCUGUCCAAACUGCGUACAAACGUAUAAGGACGAGGUAACAUAACAACCUAAAAUAAAUGCUAAUAUUUUGCUAAUUAGAAAGUGCUACGAGGCAUCAUCAGUUGGUUUGAUCUAUGGACAGAGAAAACUAAAGUUUGACGCGUUGUAAAAGUUGCACCUUGAGUAGAUGUAUUGUUCAUGUGUCAGAACUUUUGUGACGCAGUAUGUCAGAGUCAGAACUUGAAUGACACACUGUAUGACGCAGUGCGUCAGAACUUUUGCGUGAUGUAUUGUAUCAAAACUUAAAUCUGCCCUAAUAUCACCCACUGACUAAUUUUGUGAGGUAGUGCCAGAACAUUCAGAAAUUUGGUGGCACAGUCUGAAAAUUACUUUGUAACUCGUUGAGUGUGAACUUUUGUGAGGCAGUGUGUCAGAAGUGUAUUACGUAGAGAGUCAGUACUCCUGUGACACAGUGUGGUAUAACUUGUAUGAUGCGGUAUAUCAGAAGUAUUUUAUGAUGCAGUACGUCAGUACUUUGUGACGCUUAUGUCAUAACUUAGUGACGUACUGUGUCAGAAGUUUGUGACGUAUUAUGUCAGAAGUUUGUGACGCACUAUGUCAGAAGUUUGUGACGCAGUGUGUCAGUAUGUCAAUGCUGUUGGGUAAACGAAUUCGGGCCGUGUUAGGAAAUGUGUGGCACGCGUAGAGAGCAAUGUUUGAUAUAAGUUUGUGGUAACGUUCUUCGGUAACGUCGGUGCACUUGUGUUCUGAAAAUUAUGUUGAUACAAUAUGUGUUUUUACUGUAUAAUGUGAUUUCACUUGCUAUUUUCUAGAUUAUAGUCAGAAAAAAGUGCUAGUAAAUCGAUCAAUACUCUAUAGAUACGUAAUCUGGUGCAACAGGUGUAAUAUUCUGUGUGAAACUUGCAACACUCUCAGAAACAUUAAAAAAGUUAAGUCAUUAGGUACAAACCUAAAGUCUUGGAUAGAUCUAGUAAAAGACCAUUGUUUUUAUGAUCAUUGAAAUAUCAAGUGAAAUUAUAUUAAUAGUUAAUAACCAAUAAUUGUGAAACCAUUGUUGGAUUGUGUUCUACAGUUUUGUGCAUGUUUUGACAAAUAAUCUGUACACACACAAGGUUACCGCCUCCAAAAGUUUGUAACUUAUUGUAAUAUAAUGUUAUUUGUUCAGGACUUCGCGCAUGUUCGUCGUUCACGGAAGUUUUAGUUGAUCGCUAUAAAAGCUGACUUGGAAAACGUCUAUAAAAUUAUUACGUAAUUUUAUUGUUAAGCUAGCAGUGAGCUCUCUUAAAAUAUUAGCGAGAAUAGACACUGUUCAUAAUAAAUAUAAUAAUUUUCGA